UGUACAUCGGGCCUGGAAGGCGCUGAGCAUCUCUUUGCUUGUCAGGUUGGCGCCCUUCAUCAGCAGCCUCUCGCCAUCAACUGAGGAGGAAAACAAAAAGCAGGAGGAGCUCGUCAGGACAAUGACACAAUGGCCGGACAAAGUUAAGUCAAGACUCCAUUACCCACAAGCCUUUGGGAUAACAAUGCCCUCCUUGAUUGGCUGCUUGGCUCCCGGCUGAGGCAGCGCGCUGCUGGCGGGGCAACGGGAGAGCUCACUCGGCCAAAGCAUCGGCAACGACACCGGCGCGUUUUGCUUUUCACUUCCUCUGGUGAAAUGUACCCACUUUGAAGACAGCCAGAGACACAGCCGCAUCCCCAUUACGACAACACCCCCAUCCUACGCCGGGACGCGAGACAACGGGGGAACAUUUAACGGAGCGAUACGACGCAUUCCAACGGCGGGAAGCUUCUACGGAGAAGACCCUUGCGAGCUGGCGCCUGUCCGAUGUGCUCUCCUGUCCUGGUGUGAUGCAUCAUGGCCCCCUUGCUGAGCGGCGUGUGGUGGGGGCCUGAGGUGGCCGCAGGGGCGGGGGGCCGGGCGGCAGCCUGGGUGGUCAGCGGCGGUAGCAACGGCGCCCAGCUCGCCCUGGUGGCCGCCCUCAGCACCCUGGCCACCCUGCUUCUGGUGUCCGUCUUAUUGCUGCUGUGCACCAGUUGCCGCGGGCAGAAGAAACCAGCCAAUGGGCAUCCGACAGGAGACAGAGUGGACCUCAUGGAUGGAAUGUCGGACAAAGAAACCAUCAGCCAGGCGGCCGACAGUCCGGUGACGGACGUUUGCGUGAGCGGCUCUCACAACGGACCUUUCACCAGCGGUACAAUUUUCACAGAUACACAAGCCAGCAGUCCUCAGCCAUCGGAGGAUGUACCCUUCACUCAAUUGGAGCACAGGUCCUCCAAGUGUCCGCAGGGACGUGAGUUGCCCAGCAUCCCGCCCAGCAGCUCUGUAGUCCCGGACGGCGCCCAGCCCACAUCCGGGGACAGCACCUAUGAGGUGGUCAAAGACAUGUUGACAGCAUCCCGCGACGUCAGCGUGGAGGACUCCCUCUACGAGACGGUGAAGGAGCUCAAAGACCCCCCGAAGAAACUGGGCCUCCCCAAUGGAACCGCCGGCCCAUCUCCCGGCGACAUCCCCCCUCCUCCGCCCCUUGUCAACAGCCACGCCGGCGUCCCUGCUGGCAGCCCCGGCACGCCUGAGUACGCCUCAGUAGACCGCAACAAAAAGAGCCGCUACAGCACCGACUUGGAGGCCAGGCGGCGGUCCGAAAGCGCUCUGCCUCCCGCGCUCAAGGUCGAACCUGAGGAUAUGCCCCCGCCGCUACCGGAGAAAGUUUUGGAUGAAAAUGACAACCAGCCCACGCUCUUAAACGGACACGCCGGCCCCGAGCUGCACAACGGGAAGUCUUACAAAUACUCCAGUGUGGACAGAACAAAGGUGGAGGAUAGCGGUGUGAGCCGUGAGGACAAGGAGCACGACUACAGCAGCAUCGCCGAGCUCAAAGGUCUGUUCUCGGACGGAUCCUCCGGGGAUCUUUACGCCAGCGUGAAGGACGUCUACGCCCAGCCGGCGGGGAACACCACCCAGGAUGGCGCCGACCCGGGCUACGAGAGCAUCUGCAUCCCAAAGAACGGCAGCGGCUCAGACGAGGCGCGCAGGGAUUGCCGCGGGGGUGACGACUCGGAACCAGACUACGAGAGCGUCGGGGAGUUGGGUCUGGGUCGGGAAAUGUCUCGUCUUUGAGCGACUGGUCAUCAUCGUUAUCAUCUUGUCGCUUCGUCGGCAUGUUUUGGUACACCUGUCAUUGGUACUAAUAGCCGCCCGGUCGUAGCAAAUACCUCGCAAUGACAUAUCAAUUCACACAUGCUGCAUUUCAAAGGUGACGCGUGAAGAAUCUCGAAGGAUUUCAAAAGUUCCCGAGGCCAGUGUGGAUUUCCAGAGGACUUGAGCAAAGGUUGGCACGCCGUUCGGAUAAGAACACAAACCUGUGCCCAGGCAUUUGUUACUUUCAUAUCAAGAGCAUCUGCAUUCAUGCAUCCCAAGAUUCAAAGUCUUGAGGAGUGUCCCAAAUUAGGGGCGGCACCCUUCGCACCUCCUACCUUUGGGGUCCCGCCCUCUGCGCCAACCUUUAAAUCCACAAAAGGGGGCAGUGCCCUUCAAGAACACACCUCAGCUGUCGACUUUUGACAACGCACCCCUGAAGUUUGAGUUGGAAUUUCGAGCAGCACACUUUGCAGAGCCCCGCGCCAAAGACCCAUCCUUGAAGGCAGCCUUUCCAUCCUUAAAUUUGAGCUGUCUCGUUUCAGGGGAAGCACCCCUGAAGACCCCACUGUAGGUGCCUAUCUUCAAGGAGACACCUUUAAAUGUAAGUUCUAUCCCAAUUUAGGAGUGGUAGCCUUCAAGGGUCCACCAUGUGUGUCAACAUCCAAGGACCCACCCAACUAGCCCACCUUCACGAAUCCACCCCUAAAUUUGAGUUCCUUUACGCUUCUAGGACCCACCCUCCCCUCCAAUGUGGACCUAAAUGAAAAUUGGAGUUGCAAUUCAAGAGUGGCACUCUUUAAGAACUGAGCCAACCUUUGGAAGGCCCACCCUAAAAUCUGCCUUGAGAUCGAGGGUGGCAUUCUUCAAGGACUCACCCUGCAGACCAACCUCUGCGGACUUAUCCCUGAAUUUGGGUCCCAACCCAAUUCUUCAAUGAUAUACCCCCAAACUUUUGUUUUGUCACAAUACUGGGGCAUCCUUCCAGAACUCACUCUACACAGUAAUCUACAAGGACCUUCAUACCAACAAUUAAAUCUGAGUUGCAAUUCAGGGGUGGCAUCACUGUGAGAACCCUCCCUGCCUGCCAACCCUUUUGAGAGCUCACUCAAUUGUGCCACCACUCCCUAAAAGUAACUGUCUCGCCUUUCUAGAGAUUUCCUAGACAUCCCCGCCUGGGUCAUGAUGCUUGGUGGCCACUUGCUAGCGCUGUAGUUUAGGUCCCACAGACAUUGGGGACAACACUUCAGUAGCGUAAUAGUUGCCUUUCUCUAGUUUUUCCCGAUGAUCCCACAUGGGCCUUUUCCUAUGGAUUUGCUUCUUUACAACAACGUGCCAAUGUGAACGUGUGCCUGCCUGCCUGCCAGAAGAAAAUUCCCUUCGGAUUUUUUUUUUCCACGGUUUCUUGCGCUUUUCUAGACGGGAGAACAUUUGGUACAUGUGACCUUAACUUUAAUGACUUCAUUUUUCAGACGUUAUUCAGACGUUAAUUCUUAUCGGUUAUCGACGCGGACGAUUUGUACGGGAUUUUGCGGUACAUGAUUUCCUCUUCACUUCCUUGAUGGCAUCGAAGCACAAGGUCUGCAAUUGCGGUACGGUAUUUUUUGUUUGUUUCCUCUGCACAAUUUCAAUAUGUUAUCGCUUAAGUGUAUAGUAGCACAACAUAACUUACUACAAAGCACUAUGUUAACCCAGCUUUACCCAUGGGAAUAUCUUGCGUUUGCAUCUAUUUGUCCUUCUGUUGUUGUUGUUAUAAUUAGAAGAGCACUGAUGUAUGUGUGCAAACAGCAUCGUCCACUGGCUAGUCACUAUGUUAUGAGCUAGUAGACAAUCAGAUGUCUGGAAAAUUGGUACAUUGUGUUGGUACAUUUUAUAUUUGUGGUACGUUUAUUUAAAAAAAUAAUUUUACUUUUUAUGUGUGCUUUGUUGUGACAAUGACGUUUUGUGUAAGUAUCACGCAACCCCUGAAUGUGUUUUUUGCAGUCUAGUAUUAGACUUGUGGCUAUUCAAGUAAAAUAAAAACACAUGCAGCCUAACUGGGCUGCUGUCAUAUUCAUUCAAAAGUA